UCGAUUUCAACUCCCAAAAAAACCCACAAGAAGAAGAAGAAGAUCAUCGACGACCUUAAUCCGCCACCCCACCCACCCUACCUGUUCUACCCCCAAUCUAUCACCGACCCACGUUCCCUUUUCCCAAAUCAAAUCGACCCAUUUGCUCAAAUUUCAAUCUUUUUGACCCAGAUUCACACUUGUCCUUUUCUGUUGUGUUGUAUUAAUUGCAGAGGGAGUGUUGUUUGAUGAUUGUUGGUUCUGUUUUUGGGUUUAAUGCAUAUAAACAAAGGGGGGAAAUCAAUGGACGUAAAUUCCGUUGUGUUCAUGUGGUGUUUGUAGCAUGCACUGAUUGAGUUACGUGGGGUUUGAAGGUAUAAAGAGGGCUGAAUUGGAUUUCAUUCGAACUCGACUGUUGGAAAGUGGAAAUGCCGAAUCAAGUGGUGAAAGUGAAGAGGGAGAAAAUUGCGGCAUGCAUUACAUGCCCUCUUUGUCAUAAGCUAUUCAGAGAUGCUACUACUAUUUCUGAAUGUCUUCAUACGUUUUGCAGGAAAUGCAUCUAUAAGAAACUCUCUGAUGAAGAAACUGAAUGCUGUCCAAUAUGCAAUAUUGACUUGGGAUGUGUCCCAUUAGAGAAAUUGAGGCCAGAUCAUAAUCUGCAAGAUAUAAGAGCAAAGAUAUUCCCUUACAAGAGGCAAAAGGUGCAGGCACCUGAAGUUGUGCCUUCAAUUACCCCUCCAAUCAGGAGAAAAGAGAGAUCAUUAUCAUCACUAGUGGUCAGUACUCCAAGAGUAUCAACACAGACUGGAACAACAGGAAGAAGAUCAAAAUCAGUGGCAAGAAAAGCAUUACGAGGCUCCACAUUUUCUGUUGAGAAACCUGUCAGAAAAGAGGGAAGUUCUGGAGAAGAUCAGCUGGAUAGCGCUAGUUCACCUGAGACUUUGAACAAGUUCACUCAGAACAUUAGGCAGAAUUCUUCCAGUGCUGAGCUAUUUGGCCAACCCACACCUGAUAACGAAACAGAGAAUGGCAUGGAUCUGUGGGAAGGUCAAGUUGAUUUGUGGAAACCUUUGAACUGUUUGGUGGAAGCAGCAAACCGGAGCAAGUCUGCGAAGUUUACUUCCCCAGGUUCUACUGCCAAAUCUGAAUAUCUGCAUUCCCUUGACAAUGAGGCUCAUGUCCGUAAAACUAAAGUGAAAAAACAUGGACUGGAAACCAAAGUCCAGGAUAACAAGAAUAACAGUGGACCUGCUCAUUUGGGGUCAGAUAAACCUAAAAAGAUGCGGAGAAAUAGCCAAAAGAAGGCAUCAGAAUCUGGAGGAUUUAGUAUUUCACCACAAACUGUGCUGGAUGCAAUCGCUACCAAAUGUGAAAGGAGGAAUAAUUCAAUUUGGUUCUCAUUAGUGGCCUCUGAAGAUCAGGAGGGAGAUGCACCCUUGCCCCAGAUUUCUGCAGGUUACUUGAGAAUAAAGAAUGGCAAUGUUCCUGUUUCUUACAUCCAAAAGUAUUUGAUGAAGAAGUUAGAUCUUAUCAGUGAAGAUGAGGUUGAAAUUAGAUGUAUGGGCCAGUUGAUAGCCCCCAGUUUGCAAGUGAAUACUUUGGUAGAUAUGUGGCUUGAAACUACUACACCAGAAAGCGUGCCAGUUAUUACUGGUUCAUCAGCAAAGGAUUUUGUGAUGGUGCUGUCAUAUGCUCAUAAGGUCCCGGUCCCUGUCCAUCCAGCUUCUUGAGUUGUCCUUUCUGCCUUCAACAAUCCAUGUAAUAUCUGGCAUAAGUUGAAGUAUUAGCCGAUAAUGUGUCCCAUAAGAUCAUAAGUUAUUUUACAACUGCUGCUGCUGGAAUUGUCACAAAUCAGCAGCAAAUGAGCAAAAUUCCCUUUGACAGGGUGCUGAACAACUGAAGCUUGGAUCUUCUUGCUUUCGUCGAGUUACUUUGCGUUUCUCUGAUGUUGUAUGAUUGUACACUACCUUGUACUUUCAUAAGGGAUGAAUUUUGAGAGAAUUUUCAUUUGUCUUUUUAAACUACCAAGAUUCAUGGCAGCAUGUUCUAGGUCAAACUAUCAUGUGUGUUUUCUCAGUUUGCCCUUGUUUGGGGCUUGU